UUGACAGAGAGAGAGAGGGAGGGAGGGAGGGAGAGAGAGAGAGAGAUAGAAGGUCAGUUUCGAAGCCGGAGGGAAACGGAAACAGCGCAACGAGUCGAAACUAGGAAGAUAGCUAUAAGGAAAGACGCCAGAGGCGAAAGUGCAACCGAAAAGCAGGAGACAGAGAGAGAAAGAGAGAGAGAGAGAGAGAGAGAAGGGAGAAAAGGACGGCAGAGAUACUUGAAUGGCCCGUGCGUUCUCAUGGACGAUUCGAUACGAAUAAAACCAAUAGGGUCCCUAAAAGAUCUCUAUUGGAUAAACUUUUGUCCGUAUUACGAGUCGAGAGCUCGAUUCGCACGGACCGGAGAAUUACACAUCUUCCCAUCGUUCUUCAGCCAUCCCCGCUACGUGAAUUACAAGCCCCUCAGCUCUUCCCGUCGUGCAUUAAGAGUGCGUAAUAGUAUCCGCUCACCCGACCUUGUUUUCCCAUCCCCACCCCGGUUUCCACAAUCUUCUCGCAUGCAUUUUUAAGCGAAUGACCGAGGCUGAGGGAGGGGGUGGAGAGCAGGGAGGUGAUGGGUUUUUCAAUUCAAUUGCGCGCCGGUAAAGCGCGUAUAUUUUCCGCGAGGCUCUAUAUUUCACGCGUGAAAAUCACUGACGCGUCAGUUAAUUUGUCAUACACACCGGGCGGAACUUUAUUACGGCAGAUUUCUCGGGUGAUUUGGAGUUUGUCAGAUAUCCGGCGAAUGCAAAUGCGCGAGCAUGCAUGUUUGUGCGACGAAAUUUUACUGCGCUGGCAUGCAGAGUUAGAACAUUGUCACGCAGUUAUAACACGUUAUCCGCGACGAUGCGACCUCAUGGAAUAUCCGUCGCAAAGCGCUUUUUGAUUAGAAAAAUACAUACGUAUUAGGUACGCGGGUCUCGCUCGCCAAAACGUUCGGCCAGUCCUGAAGACUGCGGUACGUGAAAUACAAUUCGAGCUCGUUCGACUUCUUCCCCGCUCGUAUUUUGUUCGUCCUCGAUCCUCCUGUCACACGCCGUCCGAAUCUCUUAACAAAAUUUCCUCGUGGAAUGUCCGCGCGCCCCUAACGCGGCGGCGAAAAAAUUACGGCAUUAGCCGCGAAAGUGUGUCGAGCUAAUUUUCGGUACAUUUCUCCCGCGGGUUUCCCGUUAAGCGCACUGUUUUUCCGCCCGGGGAUCGUUAAAGCGACUCUAGUAUAAUUUAAUAAUUAAGCGUACCGGAAACGCUGGCUCAUCAUUGCGCCGAGCGCCGAGAGGAAAGCGUCCGACGGGGAAAAAAAAGAGGAAAAACGAGGAGCAAAAAAUAGCGGCGGCGGAUAAGAUGCUUUCCCAAAGAGUUAAAUACGCUCUGGCCCAUUUAUCGCGCAAGGAGCACAUCGCGCAGUUAGCGCGUCCCAACUGGAGAAGACUUCGCCGAUUCGAUCCGAAUGUUUUGGCGCAUCCCUUUACAGUUCGGCGCGCGGCGGUUCUCCGGGGCCGCGCCUCGAGGCGCAUCCGGGUUAUGGCGCAGCCGAAAUUCGUAACCAAGAAAUACGAUCCCGCAGCGGCGCCGCCCCCUUACCCGCGCAUCCACCCGAAGACGCUCUCGGCGAGGAGCAGCAAGCGUAUCGUCGAUCUGGCAUUGCCCAAGAGAAGGGUUCUGCUUCACACGAUGAAAUUGGCAGCUACCAAAAACAUGAAGGCAACCGUGAGCGAUCUGCUGGUGAAGGUUCGAAAGUCGCGGUACCAGCGGUAUCGCGUAUUCUGUAACGCGCGUCAAGAACGAGAAGCCAGGAAAAAGAGAAAACGAAUGGCGAAACUGCGCAGAGCUCUCACAAAACCGGAAGACUGGCAAAGGCACAUGCGGGUUCUGGAAAGACUGGCUGCGCCCAAAGUCGUUGCGAGACCCAAAAGGAGGAAGCCCGAUAAGAGGAAGAAGUGGAGGCCGGUCAACUUGGAGCGAGUGUUUAGCCUAGCAUUGCCGAUACUUCGCGAUGAAGCGAAGCCGAGGGACCCGUUCAAGGUGCCGUCACGCGCUCUCAUCUUUCGUAUCACCAAGCGAUUGGAGAAACUCGCGAUUCAGAAGAGACAUCCGGAGAUCCCGCUACGAGUACCAGGCGCCGUUUCGCCGGCCGCGACGAGAGCCACCGCUUCCGAGAGAAUAAUCGCCCUGGCGAAGCCCGUCCGGCGUCCAGCGGGCAGGGAAACGGAUAUCCGAGAGGAUGCCUUCACCGUGUCGCCGACGGCGUUAAAGGCGAGGUGCACCAAGCGUCUCCAAAGUCUCGCCAAGCCGAAAAUCUAUCCGAUACCCCAGUUCAAGAGACUGAAAACUGCGCUCAUAAAGAUGAAACGUUGAAACGCGGCCAAUGGAAGUGAGCUCCGUGUACCCGACGCGAAACCCGCGGGGUUAAAUCCUCGCGCUUGUCCCGCGUACACAAGAGUAUGUACGCGCGUUAAAAAUUCAGGGGUACUUGCCGCCGGUUUCUGUGCACGUACAUAAUUCCGCAGCCGAUCGCCAUUGUCCCGGGAAUUGUACAUAUAUAUUGUACCGUUGUAACUGUAAUAAUAAAUAACUGUGAAGAACAAAAAUCCAUGUGACGGUCAUUCGUAGUAUAGUAGAACUCUAAUAACUCGAAUACCACGGUAGCCUGAAUACCCGUGCGUUUUCGUUUAAUGGAAUUCCGGUUGUACGGCUUGGGGGUCGCGUCGAAUAUUACCAGAAUGAUAAUCCUGGCGCGCGAGAUAAUCGCCACGCACAUCUCGUUAUUAUUACCACGCUUUCACACAGUCCGGUGUAUUCGCGAGAUAUAUACACGAGGAAUAUAACAUCGGGAUAGACACACACACACACACACAUGCAUUAUUUCGCGAACCCCACGAUUCGUCGCGUGCGAUAUCGCGCGCGCAAUAUAUCAAAAAGCAGACGCGGGCCUGUCGCGUUGCAUUAUGCGAGCGUGGCGAGCGGCAAAAGCGCGAGACACAACCGCGCCGUCCGUCGACAUCAUAAAUUAGGCCAGCCGCUCGCAAUCUGCUCGCGCACGGGGCGGAUUAACGUUUCGUAAUGUUGUAAACGACCAUUCCGUGGCUGUCGCGUAACUUCGUAAAGGACAUUUCGCCCCCCCCCUCCCCUCUUGUGAUGGAACCACCCUCCUCAUGAAGGAAAUAAGACGAGAGCGGAGUGAAACGCGCGCGCGCGUCGGACUUUCAACUCGUUCUCGGUAUUUUCUUAUUUCGCGGGAGGAAUGCGCGAGAAAUACGACACACGCCUUUAACGCCCGGGGAUAUUAAAGGGACGUUUAUACGAUGAUAAAGCGUACUAUAAACGGGGUUCCGCCUGUCGGAGAAAUGUGGCCGCGAUUCUCUCCCGGGUGCGCGUUAAAUAAUGAAUAAAAAAAAAAA